CUAUAAAAACACGAAUUGUGAGCAACGAGCUAUAAGGCGGAACGAACCGAAAUCCAGUCUUAUUCAAGAGCAGGGCACUGUUUACUUAAAUUAUUCAGCUUGCAGGAAGAUGUCUAAUCACUCGGAGUCUGAUGUUAGCCAUUUGUCUGGUGUGAAGCAUGUGAUACUCGUUCUGUCAGGCAAAGGUGGUGUCGGUAAGAGUACCGUUGCUGUUCAACUUGCACUCGGACUACUAAAAGCUGGGAAAAAGGUUGGUCUUUUGGAUGUUGACCUUUGUGGUCCUAGUAUCCCCAAAAUGCUAAACCUUGAUGGUAAAGAUGUCCACAACUGUCCCGAAGGGUGGGUUCCGGUAUACUUUGAUAAAGAGCAAAGACUGGCUGUUAUGUCGAUAGCAUUUCUACUGGAAAAUAAAAAUGAUGCAAUCGUUUGGCGAGGACCAAGAAAAACAGCAAUGAUUCACCAGUUUAUAAACGAUGUUUGUUGGCAAGACACUGAAUAUCUGAUUAUUGAUACCCCACCUGGUACAUCGGAUGAGCAUUUAGCUGUUGUGGAAAGUCUUCGGAGUUAUAAUCCAGAUGGAGCUGUUUUGGUUACUACACCUCAGUCUGUCUCUGUUGGUGAUGUGCGUCGUGAAGCUACUUUCUGCCAAAAGACAGGCAUACCUAUACUUGGAUUGAUUGAAAAUAUGAGUGGUUUUGUUUGUCCAUCAUGCAAGGAGUGUUCUAACCUAUUUUCAAAAGGAGGUGGAGAAUCCCUGGCAAAAGAACUCAGCAUUCCAUUUUGGGGAUGUAUCCCCAUUGAUCAGCAUGUCACUUCAUAUACAGAAAGUAUUCCUGAGACCACAGACUCGCCUUUGUUUGACGCUCUUUCUUCUAUUGUUGAAAAAGUAAUUGAAGUUGAGAAUACAUCUUGAAUAUUCUUCAUUUGAGCCUCUCUUGAAUCAGACAUUUGUUAAUAAGACUGUUAAUUGUUAAUAAAGAUAUUUUCUAACGAUUGCUACAAAUACAAAA